UAUUUCGGUGACCUGUGUGCUUGGACCCCUCUUUGCUUGCGCUUGUGUUGGUUGGUGUUGGUGUGCUGUUUUGUUUGUUUGUUUGUUUCUUGUUCUAUUUGGUUUUUUCUUCCCCCCAUUUUGUUUUAGUUUGUUUUUUUCCACCUAUUUAUUUUUUUGGCCCACUUUGUCUUUUUUUUCGCAGUUUUUUUCAUUUUUGGCUUCCCCCAUCUUUAGCUAGAAAGUGCUGCUAGAUCUCUGAGUGUUAGUGUAGCUAUUUAGUGUUUGUUUUUUUGGAGUUUUUCUGGUUUUUGUUUUCUGUUUUGGUUAGAUAGGACUUAGUCUUGCCACUGUGUGUGAUUAGUGUAGUUAGUAUAGCUAGUGUGCCACUAUAGUCAGAUCAGCAGGUAGUCCCCUUGUUGUCCCUUUAUUUUCUUAGUUAUUGUAGUUAGGGUAGCUCCUUAGUUAGCGUCUAUGGACAGGAAUAUUAGCCAGAGCAGAGCAGAGAGUGUAGUUAGGGACACCAGCCUGGAAGGCCGUGAGGACCUGGAUGUCGACACCAGCCGUCAGCUUGAUCUCCAGUUUCUGUCAGUCCUGGGCAGGGGCAGCUUCAGCAGGGUGCUGCUGGCCUGCCAGCCGUCCAGCCAGCGGCUGGUGGCCGCGAAGCUGUUCAAGGAAGACGAGAGGGACCCUUUCGGCGCCAGGCGAGCGAUGCAAGAGGCCAGCAUCAUGCAGCUCCUGAGGCACCCGAAUAUCGUGCAGCUGCUGGAGGUGGGUCGCGUCGGCCAUUACCACUGCCUGGUGAUGGAGCUGAUGGACGGGGGCGACCUCUUCCAGCACGUGUUGAGCCGUGGCAGCCUGCCAGAGCCCGAGGUCAUGGUCAUGUUUGACCAAAUCCUGGCAGCCGUGGGCUACUGCCAUGCACAGCGGGUGGCGCACAGGGAUCUCAAGCUGGAGAACCUGCUGCUGGACUCUCAGCUCAACGUGAAGCUGGCGGACUUUGGGCUCAGCUGCCAUCUGCCGGAGGGCGAGCUGGUGCAGGGCUUCCGCGGGACCCUGGAGUACAGCGCCCCGGAGGAGUUCCAGCGGGAGCCAUAUGAUCCAUUUGCAGCAGACAUUUGGAGUCUGGGGGUCAUCCUCUUCACCAUGCUAGCGGGGGCCAUGCCUUUCAAUGGGGAAGACCGGGUGGAGCUGCGGGACUGCAUCCAGAGGGGGAGCUACGAGCUCCCGUGUGCGGCCAGCCCGGCCCUGGAAGAGCUCCUGAGUUGGCUGCUCAGCAUGGACCCAUACGACAGGCCUACAGCGGAAAUUGCCCGCCAGCAAUGGUGGUUUGAGGGAGACGAGGGCGAGGAGGUGACCCUGGUGCAGCCCCUGGGGGUUCCGGAGGACCCAGAGGCCCAGGAGUACCUGGCGGGCCUGGGUCUGCUGCCGGGCGCUGGAGCAGCAGUGCCAUCUGGCCCUGGGAGAUCCAGGCGGAUGUCCCUGCAGUUGGACUCCCGGAGCCUGGAGCAGGUGCAGCCCCGUUGGCAGAGCAAUCGUCUGACAGCGGCCUCGCUGCCCAGCCUUGCCGUCUUGUGGGGCUCACUUGCACAGGCUGCCGCAAGGGAGAUCCACAGUGCACCUGCCCUUCUCAGCUGUGAGCCCCUGGUGCCUCAGGGCCUCAGGGAGCCGAAGCCCGAGCAGGAGCCCAAGUUGCAGCCGGAGCCGGAGCUGGAGUUGGAGGCGGAGUCAGAGCCGAAGCCCAGGCCGGAGGUGGAUCCUGCAGUGUCCGCCCCUGUGCUUGCCUCUCCCCUCCCUGGACAGCUACAGGAGAGGAGCCCUGGUGCCAGCCCAGCCCCCGAGCCCGUCCCUGUGGCCACCCCCUCCACCCCCAGCCUCGGGAGCAGUCCGCACCUGGUGGUGCCAGAGGUCCCAGCAGCUGAGCCUGAGGAGGCUGGGAACUCAGCAUCAGCCUUUGUCCCGAGCAAGGGCCGGCAGGGGCUGGGCAGGAGGAUUGGCAGGAGCAUCCUCAGAUUCCUCCUGCGUGCCUGCUGCCUGCCGGCCCCAGCCCGCAGCCCUGGCCCCCGCAGCCAAAAGGGGACCCCCAGGUAGCCUGCCUCAGUGUGCAAGCCUGAGGGCUCUCAUUUGAUUGAGACUUUUCUGUGCUUCUCAUCAAUAAAAAUCUAAGCUUUA